AUGCAAGUGCUCAUCCAAAGAAAGCCCAUCAACCAGAAGCUUAACAAGAUGAUCCCUCUUCCAAAUGUCAUCGAAUGGCGUGUAAAUCCAGACGACGUUCUUCAUCGUGGACGUGUGAUGUGCAUGUUCCGUACCAAGCACGCCUUCUUCCCUGACGACAUCUCCUCGUUGAAGAUGAGAAUGACAACGGUGACGAAGAGUGGUGACAUGAUUGUGUACGAUUCCAAGGAUAAGGGAUUGAUCGUCAAUCUUCGCGAUGCCACACAUGUGUUGACCGAUUGUGACAAAUACAAGGCAACGAAGAUGAAAUAUUCGCGAAGCCACAUCAAGAUCAAGAUGCCACGUGGCAACAUUCAUCUGUUCGUUCGUGACGAAUCCAUCUACAAGUGGACUUCUGCUAUCCUCGAAGCUCAUGUCACCACUCGCCCGAAACCAUAUGUCAUCAUCAGGAAGGGAGGUCUCAACAUCACUCAACCGAAGCAAGAAGUUAUCACUGCCAUCGAACAUUUGGAUGCUCCAAUGUCCCCGUCCCCGUCUAGCAGUGGAUUGAUUACUGUCAUUGAGAGGCCAACGACUUCUGAAGACACUGCCAUCCCAUCCAUUCGUCAUGGAGCUGUUCCAGUCAACACCCUCCGAUGCAAGAUUGAAAAGGAGAUUCUGAUGAAUCCAAAGGUGGAAACGCUUAAACAACCAAUCACAUCCGAGAAGAAGUCAUCUGAAAAGAAGACACCCAUGGAAGAAAAGAAUUUCACUUCUUAUUUUGUGUUCCACGAAGGUGGAAUUCGUGCUCAUGCAGCUUCGAUUCAGGUGAAAACGGAACCAUUGGAUGAGGGGAAUCAAGUGAUUCUGAAUGUCGAACGAAAAGAUGAGGAGUCGAAUGGAUCCGUGAAGAAGGAUUGGUGGAUGCGAUCUUUGAAGUGCUAG